AUGAGAGGAGCAGGCUUCAGCUACCAACUCCAUUCUCGGCCUGAAACCCUACAAAUCCACCGCACCAUCGAAACAGCAUUUGACCUCGGGUUGAGAGCAAUCGACAGCUUCCCCUAUUACGAACCUUCCAAACAGAUGAUCGGUGCAGCGUUGCGCCAUUCUGAGGUUACAUCCUUAUGCAAGAGAAGCGCCUACACUCUGAUGACCAAAGCUGGAAGAAUUUGCGAGGACUAUUCCGACUAUUCCCCUGAAUGGAUCAGAAAAUCUGUGGCGCGGUCGCUCAAACGGUUCGCCACAAGUUACCUCGAUGUGGUAUCCUGCCAAGAUGUUGAGUUUGUCAACUUCGAAGAGACUCUUCAAGUUGUGGAAACGCUUUAUGAACUGUCCAAUUCGGGCGUCAUCCGUUGCGUGGAAAUUUCAGCAGGAGUCAAAGCUGUCUGCAAUUCUAGUUCACUCACGAUCGGACUGCUCAGGAAUGUCAGAGUCCCCGUUGGCGUGCUGGUAAAUUGGCACCCUGCGCUGCCAGAGCUGCGAGCUGCAAGUCAGAAUGGCCUCAAUGACACUACCAUCCCCGGAACCAUCUCGGAAUCAGACCUGGAAGAGAAUGUGCAGACGGCGAAACAAAUCCUGCAGAAGUCUACGAUCCUGGCCCCCAAUGCCGCAAUACAUCCCCCCGAUGAUCUGCUCUUUGAGUAUGGUGAUCUUGAUGAGGAAGCAGUCAGUCGAGAUAGCCCUGUUUAUGAGGGAGUCAGGACCAUCCCCGGGCGCUGGCUUGAUUAUGAUUUCUUUUGGCCACAAAGGCCCAAAGCCCAAGUCCAGGCGCAGAGAGAAGACUAG